GCUAUGGAUCGCUCAAUAAUUUGUCUACGACCUUUCAAGCCAUCUGAUGCGGAUGACAUGCUGAAAUGGGCUAGUGACGAUAGAGUGACACGCUACCUGAGAUGGAACUCCAUCACAUCCAAAGAAGAAGCUUUGGUGUAUAUAGAGAAGGUUGCUAUGCCCCACCCAUGGCGUCAAUCUAUAUGCCUUCAUGACCGUUCCAUAGGAUAUGUUUCCGUCAAGCCGGAAACCGGUGAUUACCGGUGCAAGGCACACGUUAGCUACGCUGUGGCUGCCGAAUAUUGGGGACAAGGAAUAGUUACGGAGGCUUUGAAGAUGGCAAUACCCACUGUCUUCAAGCAAUUUCCUCAGCUGCUGAGACUUGAGGCUUUGGUGGAGGUCGAGAAUAAGGGGUCUCAAAGGGUGCUUCUUAAACUUGGUUUCGUCAUGGAAGGGUUGCUUAGGAAGUAUGCAUUUUGUAAAGGGGAGAUCAAGGAUUUCCUUAUCUUUAGCUUCUUGGCCACAGAUAAACUCAACUGA